CUUAUCAAUAGAACGUAGUGUGGGAUAGACGAAUCGAACAUACCCUUGUAAUAUAAACAAGAAAAAUUUACAUUAAAAAAUUUCGAAGACCAUCCAGCAAAUUAUGCCAUAUAUUCUAAUAAGUACUCAUAGCCGAUUGGAAUGUGGACCAACAGUAGUUGGAGAUGAAUGGAGUGAUCAAGAAUUAAUGGAAUAUUUAGGUGCUACACUCUCUAAACAACUGGGAAAUAAUUUCUUAGAAUACAAGACUCAAGACCCAGCAAGAAUAGUACUGAAUAAAUUAGAAAUGAAAGGAUACAGAGUUGUAGGGAUGUCAGGGUCAGGGCAGACUUGUAUCUGGACAUUGCACAAAGCUGAAUAUAAUAUCAUCAAUGCAGAGUGAUAAGAGUACAUCAACCAAUGGAAUUGAAUGGUAUUUUUCUACUGACUAUCAAAAAAACAAGUCACAAUAUUUUGGUGAAUUACUGGUGAUGGGAACAGGCAGAAGAUUGUUAAAACCUAAUACAUGCUUCAUAAUUUUCAUGUGGCAUCAGAGAUCCUGUAUCUUCUAUGCAAUAUGAUUUAAGGGGCAAUAUGAUAUAAAGAUAAGAUUGUGUGAUUAUUAAGAUGACCAGUUAGGUCACUUAUGAAUGGCAUCAAUGCAAAUAAAAUAUCUAAAUUUUUU